AUGGUGUUGAUUCCAGUUACUCUUAAAGGAGCUAACUAUCUACAUUGGGCAAAGCUUGCUAAGACAGCUCUUGGAGGCAGAGGGCUUUGGGAGAUUGUUGAAGAAGGCAUGCCACAAAAGAAGACUAUCUUAAGAGAGGAUGGCAAAGAGGUUGUUCUUGCUGAUGCUGGCGCCAAGAAGAAAUGUCAAGAGGACCAGUUGGUGUUGUCCAUUCUUCAGCACAGUCUUGACCCCUCACUUCAGGAAGGUUACUCCUAUUGUGAAACUUCCAAGGAGCUAUGGGAUACACUUCAGAAGGUGUAUAGAAACAAUUCCAACAUCAGUAGAGUCUUUGAAGUCAAGAGAGAUAUCAAUACUCUUAGUCAAGAGGACAAUGAUUUUGAUAAACAUUUUGGGAAGUUCAGAUCCUUGUGGGCUGAACUUGAUAUGCUUAGGCUAGCAACUAUUUAUCCUGAUGUGCUUAAUCAAAGGAGAGAGCAAGACAAGGUCUUUGAUUUGCUGCUUACCCUCCAUCCAAGCUAUUGUGACCUCAUCAAGCACAUCCUAAGGAAUAAGGAGCUACCUUCUCUAUAUGAGGUAUGCUCUGAGAUUCACAAGGAGCAAGGUUCAGUUGGUCUCUUUGGUGGAGGAAAGAAAGAUUUGGUGCUUGCAAACCAAGCUGAUGGAGCAGCAAACAAAAUCUCUUACAAAGCUGAAGACAAGAAGGUGUGGAUAUGUGAUCAUUGCAAGAAGAAAAGCCAUGGAAAGGACAAGUGUUGGAUACUCCAUCCCCAUCUCAAGCCACAGAAGUUCAGGACAGGUUACAAUGAUGCCAAAGCAAACUUCUCUAGUGAUAUUGGUGAGCCAUCUAUACAAGGCAGCAUGCGCCAGACCAAUGAAGCUUGUGAGAACAAAGGGAGAGCUUCCAGGAGUGGCUCAACCUUAAGGAACACUCAAGAUGAGACCAUCAGGAGAUCUGAUAUUGAGGCUCUCAUCAAACUCCUUAAGGAUAACUCUGGUAACUUACUUGGUACCUCUUUACAUGCUACUGCUUGUGGAACUUCCUUGAAUGCGAUAACUAAAUGUAAUUUGGCAAAACCUUUAGUUAUAGAUUCAGGAGCUAGUCACCACAUGAUCAGUGAUUUAAAAUUGAUUAAAAACAUUGUCCCUGCCUUAGGAAAUGUUACAAUAGCUAAUGGUGAAAGAGUACCAAUUAAAGGAGUAGGUGAUCUUAGAUUGUUUAACAAAGAUUCUAAAGCUUUCUAUAUGCCUAGCUUCACCUCAAACUUGUUAUCAGUUAAAGAGCUACUAAUGACUUGA